AUGGCUGCCUUGUUCUUCUGCCCCUAUGCUGGGCCUAAACCUUCAUAUACAGUCUCGACCCUCCUCUUGCAGCUGCUGCUGCUACUACUUCUGCCCCCCUCUUGGGACGCAGCCACGGUGCGCAGGGCCGCUGACAGCGAGGGGCUCACCUUGAGCCGUGACUUGGCCUGUGGACAGCGUCAUGUGCAGGGGAAGGUCCUGGGGGGCGUGGACGCCCCGGAGAAAAAGUGGCCAUGGCAGGUCAGUGUGCACUACAGGGGCUUCCACAUCUGCGGUGGGUCCAUCAUCGAUGAGUACUGGGUCCUGUCGGCAGCCCACUGCUUUGGCAGGAACAGGGAUACAGAAGCCUAUGAUAUGUACGUGGGCCUUGUGGACCUCAUGGUCGCAGGCAGUCACACCCAGUGGUUUGAGGUGAAUAAGGUGAUCCUGCAUGAUACAUAUAAAGCACAGCACCCUAUCGGAGGCGACGUUGCUCUGGUGCAGCUGAAAACUCGCAUUGUGUUUUCUGAUGCUGUACUCCCCAUCUGUGUUGCCACCCCAGACAUGAGCCUUCAAAACCUUACCUGCUGGGCCACAGGAUGGGGACUCAUCUCUCAAAAAGGUGACUCCUCAGACCACCUGCAGGAGGUGCAGGUGCCUCUGAUCCCGUUGAUCCUGUGCCAGCUGCUCUAUGGACACCCAUCACUAAUUCAGCCAGACAUGAUGUGUGCCGGGGACCUCAUGAACGUGAAGACUGUGUGUGAGGGUGACUCUGGGGGCCCACUCGUCUGUGAACUCAACCACAUCUGGGUACAAAUUGGAAUAGUGAGCUGGGGCCGUGGUUGCCUGUUCCCCGUGUAUCCUACAGUGUAUGCCCGAGUGUCCUAUUUCUCAACAUGGAUCCACCAUCAGAUAGCACACACACCCCCACCUCUUCAGCCACUCCCCACACUCUCCUGCACUUUGGGGGCCUCUAUCAGUGUCCUCGUGACCAUGAUAGCCUUCCUGCCAAUGUUGUGA